CACUCCGCGGCGGGGGCGGCUGCUGCUCUUCUUCGGGUUCUGUCACGGUGUCGGCGGUGCCCAGCUCACCGGCCCCCUCCCCCUUCCGGCCAGCGUGGUCGCCGAAGAGGCUCUCUGAGCCCUGCUCUGCCGGGUCCACAGCGGGUCGCGGGUGUUCGGCGGCGAGCCCGCGGCAGUGGGGGUUGGUCCCGUGGCUCCGGCCCCCGGUGCAGAAUGGCGACGGCGGUUCGGAUGAACAUCCAGAUGCUGCUGGAGGCGGCUGACUACCUGGAGCGGCGGGAGAGAGAAGCUGAACAUGGUUAUGCCUCCAUGUUACCGUACAAUAACAAGGACAGAGAUGCCUUAAAACGGAGGAACAAAUCUAAGAAGAACAACAGCAGUAGCAGAUCAACUCACAAUGAAAUGGAGAAGAAUCGACGGGCCCAUCUUCGCUUGUGCCUAGAGAAGUUGAAGGGGCUGGUGCCACUCGGGCCUGAAUCAAAUCGACACACUACGUUGAGUUUAUUAACAAAAGCCAAAUUGCACAUAAAGAAACUUGAAGAUUGUGACAGGAAAGCCAUUCACCAAAUAGACCAGCUUCAGCGAGAGCAGCGGCACCUGAAGAGGCAGCUGGAGAAGCUGGGCAUCGAGAGGAUACGAAUGGACAGCAUCGGCUCCACGGUCUCCUCCGAGCGCUCCGACUCAGACAGGGAAGAAAUCGAUGUGGAUGUUGAAAGCACAGACUAUCUCACGGGCGAGUUGGACUGGAGCAGCAGCAGCGUGAGUGAUUCUGACGAGCGGGGAAGCAUGCAGAGCCUCGGCAGUGACGAGGGCUACUCCAGCGCCAGCAUCAAGAGAAGAAAGCUCCAGGACAAUCGCAAGACGUGUCUCGGUCUAUAAGAGAGGUCGCUGCGGCCGCCCGAGGGUCUCCUGUCGGAUCUGAUUAGGUAGUGUACCGGGCCUGCCCACGGUUCCCUUGCACGUCAACUUCCGUGUACCACCUUCACCAAAUCAGCUCUGUAGACGUUUGCAAGGAGUGCUUGGGAUUGUGGGCUUCUGAUUUCAUCCACUAGCUUCUUUCUCUCCACAAAAAUUCGUCUCUGAGAGACUGUACAUUCCAAUCAGUUUGAAGCACCCAAGAAUUCUUAGACCGAAUAAGCGAUUUUCACAUCUCAGCACUUCCCCCCUCAUUUACUGUCCCCACGCAGCCUACCAGACCUUGCUUAACGUUUUCUGGCUUACUGUGUUACUUGCCUAGCAGAAAUGUCUGACUGUGUCUUGUGCUUAGGAAAUUGAAGGAAAUAAGCUUCAAAGUUGAGAGCCUGAUCUCAGAACUCCAAAGUCAGCUUUGACAGUGGCAUUUAAGAGCACUUCCCCACAGACCUCCCCAGGGAGGAGUCGGGAAUACCUCCAGGAAACACCCGCACCCCAUGCUCAGUCCCAGAACCCCGUGCGGAUGGGCGUCUUUCUCUCUGAAAUGGACACCUGGAGAGUAUGGCUUUGGGGUUGCACAGCUCAUCAAAGUUCCAAUAUUGUUUGUCCUCACAAACAAGAUAGUACAGUCUAUUUGUGUGAUGUUUUUGGGGCUGCGCUGUGUACUGCUAUCCCCAAUGCGCACUCUUCUCCAAGUUUGUUAUGCUACUUGUCUCUGGAACAUUUUUUUUUCCUACCUCAGAGAUAAAUUAGAUCUCCAUUUCCCACGUAACACAAAGUGAUUAUGCCUCUUUCCCCCCCGAAUAAGUGACAUUUGGUCCAAUUCUAAUCUAUUUUCCUAUUUAACUUUCAGCAAUAACUGAGCUUUGGCACUAGCUGAGCUAGUGCCCACCAUCAGUGAAAAGAAAAGUCCACGUGUCUGCUCUGUGUUGCAGGGGAACAGGAGGGGCUGGUACAUGUUACUAGAAUCCCUCGUUAUUUUUGGACUUACCCGGAACUUCUUCAUGAAGGCUUUUGGGUUGAUAGUUUAAAAGGCUGAUUUUUUCUUCUUGGUUAUGAUUUCUCCCUUACGUGGUCUCCCACUUUGUAGCAUUUUUAUUUAAGCUAAAACAGAGCACAUGUAUAUGUACAUAAGACACAUUAAAUCUAUAAAGACUAUUUAUUCAUUUUAUAUAAACUAAUGUAAUGGAAAAUAAAUUCUUAUGACUUUGUGCUUUUAUAGAUGUUCUAGAAACUUUGUAUGUAGGUAUCUACAAAUUGGUUCAUUCCCCUUAAUAUUUUUGCAUUCAUAUUUUUGAGGUCUUGAUAUUUUCAGCCUCUGGCGAAUCUUUUCCAUUGACUUUAAACCAUUUGUAAAAUCUGUGACGCUGAAACAGAGUGUAUGUCACAAAGUGAUGAGAACAUUCCUAAAAUCCACAGACGCACUGCAACCUAAGGGCUCAACGGCUGAACCAGUAUGGGUGCCGCCCGCGCCCCGCUGGCCUGCGCUCUCUAGCACGCCACAGCCUCCCCACUCCACCUCCCCACAACCAAACGUCCACACACACUCUGCACAGCAGCUCAUUCUAGACACGAGAGCAGUGUAAACAAAGCAAGAUUACUUUUGUGUUUUCUCAAUUAAUGAUUAAAAAAAAUUUUAAUUGGAAGCUGUGGAUUGCUAAAUGAUCCCAAAGUCAUGUAUAACUCUCCUGUGUUUAUUUUGUUCUGGUUUUUCCUUCAUUUCAGCUUUGGGUGGGGGUGGGACAGGUGACACACAGGAUUUUUUUAUCGUUGGAAUCUUUUCCAAUUACCAGCUGAAGAUUUGCACUGAAAUACAACUUGUAUGCCUUCUGCAUUUUUAAAGCCUGCUUCCUGAGUUUAAGCAGAGUGAUAGUGUUCAAAGAGCCAGCUCAGCCUGUAACGUGUUUGAAAAGAUAUGUCUGCACUUUGAGGUCCCUUUCGAAUGCCAUUCGCUAGACCUCACAAGCAUUUUGUUUAAUAGCUAUGUUCAAGCGCCUCACAAGUCCACGAUGCUGGAUGGCAUCAAAAACUCAAGACUUUGGGAAAAGCUUGUGGGCUUGCAUUGGGGGAGGGAAGGGAACAAAAUUUGUGUAUUUGUUAAUUUAGAAAUAAGGCAUCUCAGAGAUGCCAUUAUUUUCUGUGUUUUAAUUGUUGUGCCUUUGAGUUAAACUGCAUUUUUUGUCUUUUGGUUGAAAUAUGAAAUGUACUGUCCCGAUAUAAAACAGUAAUUAUUUUACCUUUG